AAAUCUAUUAAUUCAUAUAGAAAAAGGUAUUGCUGUAUUAUCGAAAUAUACUAAAAUGGAUGACAAAAUUAGAAAUGAAAAAUUUUACAAUUCAUAUAUAAUAGAUCCAUUUUAUAAAGGUUUAAUGUUUAAAAAUCCAACUUGGGAAAAAGGUUGGAAGACAUCAAUAGAUACUUUAAAUCAACAUUUUUCAAGGUUACCAGUUAGCUAUAUUGAAAAUCACCUUGAAUCAUUAAAUCUUAGUCAAUCUUUGUAUCAAAAUCAAAAUCAAAAUCAAAAUCAAAAUCAAAAUCAAAAUCAUAAUAAAAAAUCAAAUAAAACUCAAAAAGAAUCAAAAAUGGAAUAUUACUCAAGAUUGUUCAGCUCAGAGUUGGAUGAAUUUUUAAAUAGAGAUAGAUUAUCACGUGAAGAUGAUAUAAAAUCUUUUUGGUCGGUAAACAAAUACACUUUUCCAAUCAUAUAUCUAUAUCAAUAUAUUUACAUGAGUAUACCUGCCUCAAAUAUCACCUUAGAAAGAUAUUUUUCAGAUUUGCCAGAUAUCAAAACUAAAAAUCAAAGUGCUCUAAAGUUUGAAACUAUCCAAGUAUUAUUGUUGAUACGAAAUUGGUAUAAUUAUGGUAAUUUCCAUCAUUCUACAACUACCAGUAUAUUAAACCAUAUGAUGGAUAAUGAUAUUUAAUUGUUUAUCAUUUUUACAAAGGGGUUGUUUCAACAAAAAAAAAUUAAAAAUGAAAAUAUAAAAAAAAAGUGAUUUAUAAAUUUUUUUUAAAAAAAAUAAAUAAAAAAUAAUAAAAUUUUAAGGGAAUUGU